AUGGCGGAUCCGCCGCCUGUGCUUACGCUCCUGGUGAAGAAGGGCCCCUGCGAGGGGAAGACCCUGCAGCGCCGCGCCGGCGCCGCGGCGCUCCGUGUCGGCCGCGUUGCCAAGGGCAACCACCUCUCCGUGGGCGACGCGGGCGCGUCGCAGAGGCAUCUCUCCGUCGAGUUCCUCCCGCCGCCUGCGGCCCGCUGGGCCGUCACCGAUCUAGGCUCCUCCAAUGGCACCCUCCUCAACGGCGGGCGGAAGAAGGUCGGUGCGGCGGAAGCCCCCGAAGCUGGGAAUGAAGUGGAGGAAGCUGCACUCCCGACUCGCCGAGGCGGGCGGAAGAAGGCCGGUGCGGCGGAAGCCCCCGAAGCUGGGCAUGAAGUGGAGGAGGAAGCUGCACUCCCGACUCGCCGAGGCGGGCGGAAGAAGGCCGGUGCAGCGGAAGCCCCCGAAGCUGGGAAUGAAGUGGAGGAGGAAGCUGCACUCCCGUCUCGCCGAGGCGGGCUGAAGAAGGCCGUUGAGCCCGCUGGAGUGGAGACGGAAGAGCAAGAUGAAGAGGAGGAAGCGGCAAUACCGAGCCGUGGCAGGUCAAGGAAGGCUGCAGUGACGUUCGUCCUUCCGCCACAACCGCAAAAUACGAGGUCAGCGAGAGCUGCUGCAAGGAGAGGUGAGGUGUUGGGGUGCGAAAACGAUGAGGGGGAAGUGGUCUGGACCGGAAGGGGGCGAGGACGGGUUACAUGGGCAAGUGCAAGGAAUGGUACGGGUGUUACUCCCGAGGAGGAGGAAGAGGAGGGUGAGGUGGCUGUGGCCAGCGAUCAGGAAGGGACAGCUGCCGAGGGCAAGGGUGAGGUGGUGCCGCUGGCUGGGAGAGGACGAGCAAAGAGGGGCAAAGGAGGCCGAGGCCGCGGAAGGGCUACGAGGGCAAGUACAAAGAAGCAGGCUGAGGAUGCAAUUGUUGAGAACGAUGAAAAUGAGCAAGAAGAAAAGGAUAUGGCUGAUGGCAGAGAACGAGUGGGGAGUCCAUUGAGGGUGUUGGCUGUGAAUGAUUGUUCUGAAGAGGAUAAGGUGGCAGCUGAGGAUGACAAGUUGGAUGGAAACUCAAAGGCAUCCGUGGAGGAUGAGAAGAUGGUGGAUGUGGAGGAGGAUGCGGCAUUGACAGAGAGGGCAAUAGAGGGGAGGGUCAACGCUCAGCAUGCUCCUGCUGACAAUGGUGGUGUGGAAGAAGAGGAGGUGAAGAAUUUGAGCAAGGGAGGGGAAACUGAAUUAGAUCAGGAAUUGAGGGAAAAAGUGUCACCUGGGUCAAAGCUGGAUGGUGUUGGAGAAGUGGAAAAGAAUGACAAGAGGGAAGCUAUUGGUACCAGUGGUGAGAAAGGCCAUGUGGGGGAGAGCAAAGGAAGACACAGAUUGGAGAAUAUGACAUUAGGGGAGUGGUUUGUUCAGAUUGAGAAAUACCUUCUGGCAAAGAACGCAGAGGCUGCUGAAAAGGCGAUAGCUGAAGUGCAAGAGAAACAUCGGCGGUUUUGUGAACAUGUUAAAUCGCUCAAGCUCAAUAAGAGUCCUGCUCCUUGA